AUGAGACUCUUUAAUACCCCCGUUCUUUCACUCCUCGCUGUAGGAAUCCUGCCGGUCAGGGUUCUAGCGGGCGAUGUGCUCAAGACAUCUGGUUUCACUUCUUGUCUCUCCGACUCUGACAUCACCGUGGAGAAGAUGAACGUACAGUAUGAUCGUUCAGCCAAUGUGGUCACCUUCGAUGUGGCUGGCUCCAGCGCCAAGACCCAGAACGUCACCGCUUCCCUGAGCAUCUCCGCCUACGGAAAGCAAGUCUAUCAAAAAGAAUUUAAUCCUUGCGAUGCGAAUACCCACGUGGAACAGCUAUGUCCAGUACCGGUCGGCAACUUUGCAGCUUCCGGUUCACAAGAUAUUCCAUCUCAAUAUGCGGAUAUGAUCCCUGCAAUUGCCUUUCAGAUACCUGACCUUGACGGUGCCGCAAAAUUGCAGUUGAGCCCCGUUGAUGGUGGAAACGAUCUUGCCUGUAUUCAAUCAACUGUAACCAAUGGCAAAUCUGCGCAGGUACCGGCCGUACCGUAUAUUGCCGCCGGCGUUGCUGGCGCUGCAUUCGUUCUUUCCGGCCUCUCGGCUGCCGGCGCAGCGGCUGGUGGAGCAGGCGUUGGCGCGCCCACAAUGAGUCCUAGCUUUGUCGAAGUCAUGGGAUGGUUCCAGUCAAUGGCCAUGAAUGGCAUGCACAGUGUUAACUAUCCCUCGGUGUAUCGCAGCUUUGCAAGCAAUUUUGGCUUCAGCGGUGGAUUGAUUUCAUGGAACUCUAUGCAAGUCUCCAUCGAUACGUUCCGUCAGAGAACCGGCGGCAAUUUGACAGAAGAUAACGUGUCAUACCUGAAGAAUGCCACACUCAUUUUCUCGGAUUCGAGUUCUUCUUCUUCAUCAUCAAGCAAAACCCGUCGUGGCCUGGAGCUUCUUCGGGACGGCAUCUCUCUUGCUGCGCGUGGUGUCACGACAAAUGUCAAUGGCACUCAGACUUCUGCGAAUGGAGGGACCAGCAACAGCAGCGAUUCAGACAACUCCCCAAUGCACCUUGUGCACGGAGUCCAAGGCUACGUUGAGCAGCUGACAAUCCCGCAAGCGAACACCUUUAUGACUGUUCUCCUGGUCUUCUGCAUUAUCAUAGCUGCGAUCACUGUUGGCAUUCUCCUCUUAAAGGUCAUUCUGGAAGCCUGGGCACUCUUUGGGACCUUUCCGAAGAAGCUGACAAGCUUUCGCAAACGUUACUGGUGGCUGCUUGCCAAGACCAUUACCAAUUUGAUCCUCUUGCUUUAUGGCAUGUGGGUGCUCUAUUGCAUCUACCAGUUCACGCACGGCGAUUCGUGGGCUGCUAAACUGCUGGCAGCCGUGACCCUCUUGAUUUUUACCGCCGUUUUGGGCUUCUUCACCUCUCGCAUCUGGAUCUUGGCACGCCGAUACAGAAAAGCCCAAGGCGACGCAGGCAAAUUGUUUGAAGACAAGGAAACCUGGCGCAAGUACAGCUUGUUUUACGACCAGUAUCGAAAGGGUCUCUGGUGGCUUUUUAUCCCGAGUAUCCUUUACAUGUUUGCCAAGGGAUGCGUGCUUGCUGCCGGUGAUGGUCAUGGCUUGAGUCAAACGGUGGCGCAGCUCAUUAUUGAGUCCCUCAUGUUGGGAUUGCUUAUCUGGUGUCGCCCUUACCAGCGCGCAUCUGGCAACUGGAUCAACAUUUUCAUCCAGAUUGUGCGAGUUCUCUCGGUAGCCUGCAUUUUGUUAUUUGUUGAGGAACUGGGCUUUUCGCAAUCGACAAAGACGAUUACGGGAGUUGUGCUCAUUGCUGUCCAGUCAGUGUUGACAGGCACGCUAGCAAUCUUGAUUGCAGUCAAUGCCAUUAUCAACUGCUGUCGCGAGAAUCCCCACCGCAAGCGUCGCAAGGCUGCUGAAAAACUCAAUCGUGACCUUGACGACCUCACACCCCUUGAUGCCCGCAACUCGUUGCUCAUUGACCCCAACUCGUACACGGACUCUUCGCAGCUCAAAGCGCCCAUGGUUUCGUCCUAUCCUCUCUCCAGCAAGCGCCGCUCAGGUUAUACCCCGCUUGCCGGUCGCGAUAAAACGCCUUCUUCUGAGCACCUGGCCGCGUCCGCUGCAGCCUUUGGCAAAGUCGAAAGUCAUCAAAGUGAUACCUCGGAUGGAGUCCCCCAGAGUAGAGGUGCUCCUCUAGGACAAUAUCCAUCUCAUUAUCAAGAUACUCAGUACCGUGGAGUAGCUCUUUGA